AUGAUGUGCUGCUUCUUAGAGCCUUCUUUCGCUUUCUGGGAAACCACUGCCCCUCUUAAAGACCCAGAAGAGUGCAGCAGCAGCAGCAGCAGCAGCAGCAGCAGCAGCAGCAGCAGCAGCAGCACAAAGAACAGUUUUGUUGUUCGCGAAACUAUAGAGCCCGCCGUGCCCUUCAACUGCAUCCACAGUGUUCAGGUGUCUCCUGAGUCUGGAAGCCCCUUUUGCUGCUUGUGCGUCGACAGCAGCAGCGGGCACAUUUUUGCUGCAGCAGAAAGCAGCUUUAAACCAAUUGCGCUGCUGCAGCAGCAGCAGCAGACUUGCGAGGCUGCAGCCUGGAGCCCUCACGACUCAAAUCUGAUACUGACGGCUCACAGCCGCAGCAGCUGCCCCUCUUUGCUGCACACUGGCGGCAGCAGGGGAGGUCUCCUGUCUCUGUGGGACCUGCGCCUAGCCAGCAGCAGCAGCAGCAGCAGCAGCAGCAGCAGCAGCAGCAGCAGCAGCAACGGGGCUGCUGCGGGCUGCGUCGGCGGCUGCGAAGACCCCCACGGCGCUGCUGCUGCUGCUGCUGCUGCUGCUUUCAAUCCUUCUUUAAGCUUCUCUUGUCUUUCAGGAGGAACUGAUGGAGCUUUGAGGUUUUGGGAUUUGAGAAAGAUGCAGCAGCCCGUCAAAGCGGCUGUGGAGCAGAGCGCCAGCUGA